GGGGGGGGGAGGCCUGUGACUGGCCGUGUGUGUGUAUGUGUGUACAUGUGUGUAUGUGUGUGAAAGUGUAAGAGUUGACCGGGUCACCAUUGAUACACCAGGUUCCCCCAUGGGUUAGAAGCGGGACCGGUGUGUGAGUGUGGUCUAUGUGAGGAGGGUCCCCAUGGGGUGUGGCGUACAUAAGGGGCAGUACUCGGCCAACAUCUGCUUCCUCCUCCUCCCCUCGUCUCCUGCGACCCGGGGCACCUCCACCACCAGUCUCGCCAUAGAUAUAGUGGGUUUCUCCUUCGGUUUUGCCUUGGUUUACCCCCUGUGGUAGUGUGCUUGACCAUUAUGGCGGAUAAGCUGGGGUUGGAUGGUCAAGAGAAGGACCUGAAGCUGGGAGAGACGUUCAACAAGAACUAUAAGGAUGGUGCCUAUCAUACCAUACGGUAUGACUUUAAACCAGCGAGUGUCGAUAAGCAAAAAAUGGGAACAGUGGAGGUGGAAGGGAAUCAUCAGGUGUCGGUCACUGUCCCCCAUGUUGAGGGUUCUGGCACGUCCCAAACUGUAUUUAAGGGAAACCAUAAGCCUGUUGCCAAAGAGUGCAUCCUCAUCAUUGACCACGUCACUGGAGAGAUUGUGCUAGAACGUAUAUCACAAACUAUUAGUGUUAAGACCACGAGACCUGAUGGCAGCAGUCGAAUUCCUACGCAGCGGCCCACAACUCCAUUAGAAUCAUCUUCACGUAGAAAUUCUCCUCCGCAGAAGUCUUCUCCUUCCCAUCCCGUUUCACGUGGCUCGACCAACACACUCUCGAGACCUUCUCCUUCCCAUCUUGCAUCUCCGCAUGCCAGAUCUCCUCUUCCAAACAAAAGUCCCAACAAUAAUCACUGCACAGCUCCAGGAUCAAUGCCAAUGUUGGGGCUUGAGGAAUCUGAUCCUGUCAAGGAAAUGAGCGAGUCUUCAAGUGAUUCAGACAGCAAUAGCAGUUCCUCUUCCUGUAGUGAUUCAGAUUCUGAUUCUGAACCAGAACAAGAUACAAUGGCUAAAAAGACAAAUGGACACGGUGCCACAGCAAAUGGAACGAAUGACUUAAUUGACGACCUUGAGUUGUCAUCAGUUUCUGAAGAUAGCGAUUAAUCUACUAGCAAGAAUUUCAUCCUGUCUAUAGUUAUAGGGGUAGUGAAGCAAAUUUAUAUGUAUAGAUCAUAAACAUUUGCCUUUAUAUUUUUAAUAACUAAAAGGCAAACCAUAAUUUUCUUAUACUUUUCUAAAUGUGUGUGACCCAAUGUUCAUAGAUACUGUAGGGGGUUUGGAUGGCAUCGUCAUAACAUCAGUGAAUCUUUGUCUCUGGCAUCUUCAAAAACAGGUGUGUGUGUGUGUGUGUUUUGUAUAGUAUGCUUGUGGCAUGGUGCAUAAGAUAGAACUAUCUUGCACCUUGUUUGGUAAUGAUUUUUGCAUUUGUAAGCAAUGUUAAUUUGUUAAAUAUUAUACUGUUGUGUUAUUAUUAAAUCAAAACUCCUAGUUAUUUGAAACUUAAUUUUGAGAUGAGCUUUGCCCACCAUUAAUUUUAUCAUUCCUCUUCAUGUGAUAAACUCCCAUGGUUGGAAAAAUAUAAGCUAUGCUGAUUAAUAUAGUUUCACUAAUAAUUGAACUCACAUGAAAGUGAGGAAGUUUCAGUCCACCCUGGACCUAAGGGGCCCAGGACUGACCUAAACAUCGUGACUCAUUUCAUAAGUGUGGGUUGUGUAUUGUUUGUCUCAGCCCCGUUAUUGUGGCACUUAUUAUCUGUAUAGCCUUACUCUUAACUGUGCCAUUAUGGAUGGUUAAUCAAUAAAAUAUUGGCUGUUAUGCAGUGAUAAAGGCGAAAUGAUCACUUCUAAAGUUCCUUUUGGUUGGUAGAGGGACGCCCUCACUUUAUGCUGGGGCGAUGCUCAAUCCCCGAUGCUCCAAGUGGUUGAGCACCAUUCCUUUACUCCUUUCUCGUGUCCCAGUUUGUUGUUAUGAUUUCCCUUUCAGGUGCUGUGUAAUCAUUCUAGCUUAGCACCUGAUAAAUUCUUUUCUUUAUUAUUAGUAAAUCUAAUAUAAAUGUAAGAUGCAAAAAAUGACCAGUUGCAUAUACAAUUUGUAGACUUUAAAAUACUUAUAAUAUGCUUUGUUCAUUAAUAUAAUACAUUUUUGGGGUAUAUUCUGUAGUUCAGUGCUACCAAUUCAUGGUCUGUUUCUUUUUCUUAAAAUAUGGAAUUCAGUUAUCUAAAGUAUUGAAUGAUAGACAAACAAGCACACAACAAUCACCUUGCUUGCUGGCGCGCUCUCGCUUUCUCGUCACAACAUUGCCCUUAAAGUCCUAUUGAGGAAUUUAAUCCUGGUCCAUCUUAAUUAUUGCCAAAACAUUUAAAUAUCUAUUUUUUUAUUUACAUUACUGUAUAUUAAACCUGAAUGCUGUAAGUUCAGUUUCUUUAAAUAAAAUAUUUUAAAUAAAACAAGCUUAAAUUACAAGUGACAUUCAUGAAAUAACUUUUUCAUAUUGACAAAAUUUUUUGGGGGGAUUUUUGAGAACACUUAACCAAUUCUUAUUAGGUCCUAAAUUCCUUAAGUUGAUACAAUCGAUCCAAAAUUGUAUUUGUAGAUUUAAAAUUGAACUGUAAAGUAUUAGAAAAGGCCAAUCAUAUUUUCCCAAUUUUUGUAUUGUGUAUUUUUAUUGUGUACGGGAGUCAGUUUUGGUUGAUGAAAUUGCCAGAAAUGUUAUUUUGAAAGUGUUUGGGGAUUGUAUCUUCUUAAUUAUAUAUUGAAACAGGUUACCAAGAUAUACUGUACUUCAUAUGUGAACUUGAUCAUAAAAAUAGAAGUUUGGCGUGGGAAAACGUUGAUGGGGCCUAGUUUGAAAAAGAUCACAUGGCUAGUUUUUAUUUUAGAAGUGGUGAACUUUGAUACAUUUGGUCUGCCUCUAAAUUACCUUGUGGCCUCUUAUGACUGCCAGGAAAGGUCAUUGAGAAGUUGGAACCAUAUGGGUAACAUUGGUGUUCAAACAUUGACACUAAAUGUAAAUAGUUACAUGAUUAUUUUCUUGCACUAGAUGAUCAACACAUUUCAUUGCACUAGAUGAUCAACACAUUGCACUAGAUGAUCAACACAUUUCAUUGCACUAGAUGAUCAACAUAUUUCAUUUUCAUUAGACGAGUGCAAUUAUGAUACAUACUUGCGUUGGUACAUAAGAAAACAUCAUAUUUUCUAAUUAUGUAUACUAUAUAAUAAUCGAUGAGAAAAUGGAGAUUGAUAAUGAACAGAAAUUAAAUCUUCUGUAUACAGUAUUACAACUGAAAUACAGUAUACAUAAAAUUUCUUGGCAAGUGCACUUAUGCAUUGUGCAUUAUGCAAAAUAGGAAUACAGGUACUGUAAUUAUGUCAUAGUAUUGAGUUACAUGCACUCAUGCACAACUCGAUAUACUGUAGUAA